AUGAAUUUGGGAGUGGAUGCUCGCUUCCCUCUGGAUGUCUCCUUUGAUAUCCUACGACGUGUGUUGGACGAGGAGAGUCUUGUCCUGGCACAGCUUGCAUACAUUGUGGGGCACCUGCAUGACCCGAUCCUUCAGAGCUGUGGUCAUGGGAAUGUGGCCACAGGACCACGGCGUAGUCAUGGAAAUAAUGAAAGCAACGCUGUUGGAACGAAACAACAACCUGCUAUUUUACGGUUUGCGCAGUACUGGGAAUUGUUCGCCAACAUUGCCACCUUACAUGGCGCUCAAAGCACCAUUGUGGGAAAACUGGAGGAAGUUGUUAAUAACAGAACGCAUUUCCUCGAUCAACAACGAGAACAAAAAAAAGAAGUAAAAUCCGGCCUUGGUGCUGCAGGGAACGUUCAAAUGAGGUCGUCAUCUUCAUCAUCGGACGGUGGGACAGACGAGGGCAUGCGUGGUCCGCAGAGUAUCUCGGAGUUGUUUUGCUCCGCGGCGAUGCGACACUACAUAGCGGAGCACAUGAUGUACAGUCUAAACUACAGUCGUAACAUUGCUCCACGUGUGAUGGAAUUAUGGAGGCUUUGGCGUUGUCGUUGCGGUAAAAACACCAGCGCCCACCUCAGUGCUCGAGAAAGGCAAGAAUUGGAGAGUUACAUGGGGUUUUUGUAUUUUCUAUGGCAUGCCUUUGGCGGCGAAGAUGGUGUGCCGGACGACCCGCGUGUGAUAUUCACACGACUUCCUGAAACCCUUCUUGUGAAAUCACAAAAGCCAAAAAAAGAUCGUACCGGCCAUAACACUGCCGUCGUCCCUGUCAAAAUGCCAGAUGCUCCAUCGAUCCCACCCAACUGGAGAGGGUUUGAAACGCUGCUCGUUCUUUUGGCAACUCCGCUUGCGUCGCUUCGUCGAUACAUGCAUGUGGCGCGCUGUAUUAUCGAGUCUCAGUCCCUCCCCAUUCUUGUGCGUCAACGUCUGCAGGUAGACUUUGUUGAUUUGUUGGUGCUUCGUCUAGCCGAAGAGCACAGCAUUGUUUUUGACGAGUUGGCGAAACAAGACAUUUCUCACAUCAUGGCGCUCAUUGACGAGGUGUCAUCCCCGGCACCAUCGGAAGCACACGAAAAGAAAUUUCCCCGUAUUCGUUUGGACGAGGACGGUAGCCGCACACUUGUGCAUUACGGUCGUCUCAUUAAGCGAUUUCGUCGUGGUCGCCAUGAACGACUGGUGUUCCUCUUUAGUGACUGGCUCUGUUAUGUGGAGGAGCAGACGAAUGGACGCAUGCGGCUGCGUGCGUCCAUCUCUCUUGAGUCGCUGCGGGUUGUCGAGCUUGACGACACCGCGGAAGUUGUGAAUGGCUUUGAUAUUGUGACAAAAGAUAUGCGUCUCACGUUCUUCGCCCCGACGUUGGAACAGAAGCGGCAGUGGGUGGACGCGUUGCGCAACACGACCGAGGCGUACAAAGUGAAGGUGCAACAACUGGCAUCCCCGCGGCGUCAAGAUAUUUCACGGCAGCAGCAGCAGCAGCAACAACAACAAAAUAAAAGUUUGGGUCAUCUCGCGUGUCAGACACGUGUGACGGCCCUGCCCUUGUCGCAUAACUCACGUCUUCGCCGGCAGCAACGGGCGGAUCAUGCACUCCAGCGGCGUCUGGAGCGGCGUUCCACGGCGGAGUUAGCCACCACCAAGUCUUUAGUGGCAGACGAAAUCCCUGCGCCUGUGAUGGGGAGUGACGCAGCGAGAAAGCAGCCGGCGCUGUCAUUUCGACCGCUACAUGGCAAUUUUGAUGUCACUUAUUGGGCGCAACAGUCGACAGAGACGGUGCACAAACGUGUUCGCAGCUCGGAUCUUCUCCGUUCGUCCUGGGCGCUACAAUCCCCGCACGAUCCAAAUGCCUGCGAGCCGAAGGCUGUUGCCCCUGGUAUGGACCCCCUCAAUCAUGGCAAGAACUCUACUACCACGGCCGCUGCUGACUCUUCUGUCCACAGUGCGGAUGCUCCAGCGUCUGCGGGAUAUUCUCCCACGAGCCCGCGGGUGCCGCCUCGAGCGGUGCUUUCUCGGCUGCUUUCGGAACGUUUUCAAGAGCCUUCCUUGCCUCCUCUGUAUAGUGGUGGCAAUGCCAACUCGCCUUUACCAGAGAACGUGUCUGAGAAUGAAGGGAGAGAGGAGCCAGACUCGCUAUAUGCGACAUUACUCUCUUGUGUUGCCACAACUGAGGUUUAUAAAUACAGUUUUGCUGCGGAAGAAGAUGAGGUGGUGCUUGAGAACGAUGAGUGGGUGCCUACAUGUGACGAAACGCCGGAUGCAAUAAGACCGGAGGGUCCGGCUGUCCACAUUUCUCUAAAACAUCUUGUGGGAGAAACAGAUAGUGAUCAUGGUAGCAAUAGCCCGAGCCAUUGUAGUCACUUCGAAGAAGAGGAAGAGGAAGAGGAAGAAGAGGAAGAAGAAGCGAUGUGGAGUCCGCGUUAA